AUGGACCCCAAACCCAGUGUCAAAGCUGAAAAGGUUAAGUCUGAAGCUGGCCUCAAGAAGAUUGCAGUGAGUCCUAACAACAAUGUGGUGACAAUCUAUGAGAAAAAAGGCAAAGAAUGGGUCAAGAUCCAUGAGCUGACUGAGCACAGUGGACGCAUCACAGGCAUUGACUGGGCCCCUGAGUCCAACCGCAUUGUGACGUGUGCCUCUGACCGCAACGCCUAUGUGUGGACUCUGAAGGAUGGUGUGUGGAAGCCCACCCUGGUCCUGGUGCGCAUCAACCGUGCAGCUACCUGUGUGAAGUGGUCACCACUGGAGAACAAGUUCGCCCUGGGCAGUGGAGCGCGCCUCAUCGCUGUCUGCUACUUUGAGAAAGAGAACGACUGGUGGCUGAGUAAGCACAUCAAGAAGCCCAUUUGCUCCACAGUCCUGAGUCUGGACUGGCAUCCUAACAAUGUCCUACUGGCAGCUGGAUCUGCAGACUUCCACUGCAGGGUUUUCUCAGCCUACAUCAAGGACAUAGAGGACAAGCCCGGACCAACUGCCUGGGGUGCCAAAAUGCCUUUUGGGGAGGUGCUGCUAGAACACAAAGACUGUGGAGGCUGGGUGCACAGCGUCUCCUUCUCCCACAGCGGAGACCAGCUGGCCUGGGUGGCCCACAACAGCAGCAUCACUGUGGUUGACGCCGCCCAGGGGAAGGAGGUAACCCAGCUGACCACCGACCAUCUGCCACUGCUGAGUGUGCUCUAUGUCAGCCCCACUGAGAUUGUUGCUGCGGGUCAUGACUGCUGCCCCUACCAGUUCACAUAUAAGGGUCCAGGCACUCUGGAGUUUGUGAAGAAGCUGGACAUCCCCAAGCAGACCUCUAAGGGCAGCAUGUCAGCCAUGCAACACUUCCGUAAUCUGGACAAGAAGGCCACAGAGGAGGACAUCAACGAACAGGACACCCUCCACCAGAACAGCAUCACGCAGCUGUGUGUUGUAUCUGGGGGGAAAGCCAAAGUGGAGAAGUACAGCAGUGUGGGUCUGGAUGGAGCCAUGGUGAUCUGGGAUUUUAAGCACUGAGACACCGCAGGUCCUUGAGGUGUCACAAGGUGAACCAACCGUCAUAUCCUAUCAACCACUCUUUUGUGGAAUCUAACCAAUAAACCCCUGUGCAUAAAUAUAGAACCACUGAUGUGCUUUGUGAUAUUUGUCAAUAGAAUUCAAUAAAGAGGAUAUUUACAAUGCA